AAGAAGUAAGCAGCUGAGUUGAAACCAUAGACAGUGAACGAAAAGUUGAAACAGAAAGAUGUUUACUGUAGUUUUAUACCGUUAACUUUCCAUCGUUUGCACCCCUGUCAGUUUGACACACGAUAGCUAAAACGGAAGCUUACAUGCAGUCUGUACGAAAACGUCGAGGCAACGAUAUACACAAGCAACUAACAAGCACUCCUGGUGGUUUGAAGGAAAAUGUGCAACAGCACUUUCACUUCGACCUGUGGUUCUGCCUGACUUUGCAGAACUGGAUACUGGACUUUGGAAGGCCUAUUGUCAUGAUUAUCCUUCCUCUGGAGUGGUUUCCCCUUAACAAGCCCAGUGCUGGAGACUAUUUCCACAUGGCCUACAAUGUCAUAACGCCAUUCCUAAUGCUCAAGCUGAUUGAGCGCAGUCCCAGGGCGCUGUCUUACUCAGCAGUCUACCUCUGCAUCAUCACGUUUGUCAUGGGAGCCAGCAUCCACCUAGUGGGUGACUCCAUUAACCAUCGGCUCAUCCUGAGUGGCUACCAGCUCCACCUGUCAGUCAGAGAGAACCCCAUCAUCAAAGACCUCAAACCUGCCUCACUGAUUGACUCCUUUGAGCUGCUGUAUUAUUAUGAUGAACAGCUAGGACACCUAAUGUGGUAUAUUCCCUUCUUCAUCAUUUUGUACAUCUAUUUCACCGGCUGUUUCACCAAGGCCAAAGAACAGAACAAGAUUCCUGUCUCUGGUUGGCUGUUGCUGGGACCCAGCGCAGUCUAUUAUUGGUACUUGGUUACUGAAGGACAAAUCACUGAACUAUUUCUCCUCACCUUCCUUGCUAUGGUUGUCAUGGUGAUAUAUCAACAGCAUAAAGGCCUCAGCCCAGACAGCAAUGGCCUGUUCCUGUUCUGUAGUUUCAGUGUUACUGUGCUCCUGGUGGCACUGUGGGUGGCUUAUCUGUGGAAUGACCCGGUGCUACGCAACAAGUACCCCGGACUCAUUUAUGUGCCAGAACCCUGGUCCUACUACACCUUGCAUAUCAAGAACAACCACUGAAUUACAUGUGUCCAGCAGAUCUGCCGAGACAGUGGUAGUGGCUGCACUCGGACAACAACGACAAUCGAUGAAGGUUGUUUAACCUCACUGUUAAACACAAGGUUCUGCUGGCUUCAGCCAUGUAUUCAGA